UUUGAAGAGCUGAUUUCACCAAGUCACUUGACUUUUCUUCUGGGGGUGGGAAGAGGGAGAGUCCUCUCCCCACAUACCCCUCAGGGGCUGCUGAGGGCGGGAAGAAAGACAGUGGACAUGAGCCCUCCCUGCUCACAGUUGUGUGCCUGGAGACCAGAUAGGGCAGUUUCUGGGCCGUGGACAUUGCUCUGAAGAGAGGGAGGCUGGACGGCAUCCAUGGGUGCUGAGACCCUGCCUUAGGGGCUGAGGGACUGAACUGCUGUGACAGGCGCGGAGCUGCUAGUGCAUUUUUGGACAGCCUAGUGAACAUCUGGGGUUCUGGCAGGACCCUCUCCUUCCCAUCUCUACCACCCGGCCCACCAUGGCACUGAAAGGCCGAGCCCUCUAUGACUUCCGCAGCGAGAACAAGGAGGAAAUCAGCAUCCAGCAGGAUGAGGACCUGGUCAUCUUUAGUGAGACAUCGCUGGACGGCUGGCUGCAGGGCCAGAAUAGCCGCGGUGAGACAGGGCUCUUCCCCGCCUCUUAUGUGGAGAUCAUCCGUUCUGACACCAGCUCCAACCAUGCCUACUAUUCCAGCAGUCCCGCAGGCUCUCUGGGCACCCAGGUGAGUUUGCACAGCAGCCCCAAUGUGACCAACUCGGCCGGUAGUGCUGGCGGCAGUGGCUUCCUCUCCAACCAGGGCAGCUUCGAGGAGGACGAUGAUGAUGACUGGGAUGACUGGGAUGACGGCUGCACAGUGGUGGAGGAGCCGCCGGCUGGUGGGCUGGGCACCAAUGGGCACCCCCCACUUAACCUCUCCUACCCAGGUGCCUACCCCAGCCAGCACAUGGCUUUCCGGCCCAAGCCACCCCUAGAGCGGCAGGAUAGCCUGGCAUCUGCCAAGCGAGGCAGCGUGGUGGGGCGCAACCUCAACCGUUUCUCGUGCUUUGUGCGUUCUGGAGUGGAGGCUUUUAUCCUGGGUGAUGUGCCCAUGAUGACCAAGAUCCUUGAGACAUACUCCAUUGAAAUGGGCCCUCGUGGCCCCCAGUGGAAGGCCAACCCCCACCCAUUUGCCUGCACUGUGGAGGACCCCACCAAACAGACCAAAUUCAAGGGCAUCAAAAGCUACAUCUCCUACAAGCUCACACCCAGCCACGUUGGCUCACCUGUCUACCGGCGCUACAAACACUUUGAUUGGCUCUACAACCGCCUGCUGCACAAAUUCACUGUCAUCUCGGUGCCCCACCUGCCUGAGAAGCAGGCCACAGGCCGUUUUGAGGAGGACUUCAUUGAGAAGCGGAAGCGGCGGCUCAUCCUCUGGAUGGACCACAUGACCAGCCACCCUGUGCUCUCCCAGUAUGAAGGCUUCCAGCAUUUCCUCAGCUGCCUGGAUAACAGGCAGUGGAAGAUGGGCAAACGCCGGGCGGAAAGGGAUGAGAUGGUGGGUGCCAGCUUCCUGCUCACCUUCCAGAUUCCCACGGAGCAUCAGGACCUACAGGACGUGGAGGACCGCGUGGACACCUUCAAGGCCUUCAGCAAGAAGAUGGAUGACAGUGUCCUGCAGCUCAGUACCGUGGCCUCGGAGCUGGUGCGUAAGCAUGUGGGGGGCUUCCGCAAGGAGUUCCAGAAGCUGGGCAGUGCCUUCCAGGCCAUCAGUCAUUCCUUCCAGAUGGACCCCCCAUUUGGCUCCGAGGCCCUCAACAAUGCCAUUUCUCACACGGGCCGUACCUAUGAAGUUGUCGGUGAGAUGUUCGCUGAGCAACCCAAGAAUGACCUCUUCCAGAUGCUCGACAUGCUGUCUCUCUACCAGGGCCUGCUCUCUAACUUCCCUGACAUCAUCCACCUGCAGAAAGGCGCCUUCGCCAAGGUGAAGGAGAGCCAGCGCAUGAGUGACGAGGGCCGCAUGGUGCAGGAGGAAGCCGACGGCAUUCGCAGGCGCUGCCGUGUGGUGGGCUUUGCCCUGCAGGCAGAAAUGAACCAUUUCCACCAGCGCCGUGAGCUCGACUUCAAGCACAUGAUGCAGAGCUACCUGCGCCAGCAGAUCCUCUUCUACCAGCGGGUAGGCCAGCAGCUGGAGAAGACACUGCGUAUGUACGAUCACCUCUGACCACGUGCAGCCAGCCCCCACCCCGCCUCCAGGCCCGGUCGCUACAGCACACCCUGCUCUCUAGACCUCUCUGCACCAGCAGUGCCUGGGGGGCCAAGCGUGGGCGAGGUUAGCAGCUUGUCCCUUCUCCCUGAGAAGGGGCUUUGGAGGAGUC